AUGGUAUGGGGAAACCAGACUUUUAACUCUGACUUCAUCCUGCUGGGAAUCUUUGAUCACAGCCCCAUCCACACCUUCCUCUUCACCCUGGUCCUGGCCAUCUUCACAGUGGCCUGCAUGGGGAACACAGCCAUGAUCCUGCUCAUCCACUUGGAUGCCCAGCUGCACAUGCCCAUGUACUUCCUCCUCAGCCAGCUUUCCCUCAUGGACCUCAUGCUGGUCUGUACCACUGUCCCCAAGAUGGUGGUCAACUUCCUAUCUGGCAUGAAAUCCAUCUCUCUGGCAGGCUGUGGGACCCAGAUAUUCUUCUAUGUGUCCCUGCUUGGAGCUGAGUGUUUCCUGUUGGCUGCGUUGGCCUAUGACCACUAUGCUGCCAUUUGCCAGCCUUUAAGGUACCUAGUGCUCAUGAGCCAGAAACUCUGUAUGCUCCUGGCUGGUGCUUCCUGGAUCUUGGGCUCUCUGGAUGGCAUCAUUGUGCUCAGAGCCACUCUGUCAUUCUCCUACUACCACUCUUUGGAAAUUCACCAUUUUUUCUGUGAUGUUGCAGCCCUCCUACCUCUCUCCUGCACAGACACAACUGCAUUUGAAAGGCUGAUGUUCAUCUGUUGUGUGAUGAUGUUAAUCUUCCCAGUUGCAGUCAUCAUCAUUUCCUACUCCUGUGUCCUUCGAGCUGUCAUCCACAUGGGCUCUGGGGAAAGUCACCGCAAAGCCUUCACCACCUGCUCCUCUCACCUGUUAGUGGUUGGGCUCUACUACGGGGCUGCCAUGUUCAUGUACAUGAGACCAGCCUCCAAGCACACCCCAGAGCAGGACAGCAUGGUGUCAGUCUUCUACACUAUCCUCACACCCAUGCUGAACCCACUCAUCUACAGCCUGAGGAACAGGGACAUCUCCAGGGCACUUAAGAAGCUGCUGGGGAAAGGAAAGCUCCUGUGA